UGCAGUGUGUAUUCCUUCCACGGCCGACAAAAAGCAAUCCGGCUGAUGUGAAAUGAUGACUUAGCUGAGUGCGUUACAGGUGACAGGAGACAGCUGUGCGCGUCUGGGAGUAGAAGGGGCUCAGCAGACCGACCUAAACCGGCGAGUCCUCCGCACUGCGAGCUCGACGUGAACCCCCAACCUGUGAGUGCUGUCCGGGACCAGCACGUCACCUGAAUGACGGGAUAUGAGACAAUGAAGCGACUAGGGACGGCGGGGAUAAAACGACUCCAAGUAACGAAAGUGGAAAAGCGCGUGCGAUGACGGACAGCACAAGGGACAGAGAAGAGGUAAAGCAGGGGAAAGUUGUCUAGCUCAUUAGAAGGGCUCCCGGUGUUGGAUAAGAAACCAGAAUAAAAGACAGAACAGAUGUGUCAAGCGUGCGUAAUUCUCUAAACAACUCAAACGGGGGAAGCCGAUUUAUUUUUCCAAAAGACACGACUCGAGCCAGAAGGGGAGAAAACAAUGGAGCCGGAGGGGACCACAGAGGGACAAGCCACUAAUUUGGCACAAUCUGCCGCUUUAAAACUGUCCCAGAUGAGCGAAAGAACUAAACAACUGGGUAAUGUCAUCCAAGACCCAGAGCGACAGAAACGGAUUAUUCUAGUAAUAGUCUGUGUUGCACUUUUGUUAGACAACAUGCUUUACAUGGUUAUUGUGCCAAUUAUACCCGAUUACCUUGAAGGGCUACAGAAAGCAGCAGAUCAGGCCCAAGCUGCUGCUGCACCGCACACCAACUACACCAACAGCACCUUCCACAAAGCUGCCAAGGGAAACUUCGACCUUCAGAUCGGUGUUCUCUUUGCCUCCAAGGCCAUCCUGCAGCUCCUGGUGAACCCACUGAGUGGCCCGUUUAUAGACAGAGUUGGGUAUGAUAUCCCGCUCUUUAUUGGUCUCAACGUCAUGUUUCUCUCCACCCUUGUUUUUGCCUUCGCUGAAAACUACGCGACCCUCUUCCUGGCGCGCAGCUUGCAGGGCCUCGGCUCAGCGUUUGCAGACACCGCGGGGAUCGCUCUCAUCGCAGACAGGUACACGGUGGACACAGAGAGAAGCAAAGCGCUGGGUAUAGCCUUGGCAUUCAUCUCUUUUGGAAGUCUCGUGGCGCCCCCCUUUGGAGGUGUCCUCUACCAGUUUGCGGGGAAGCGCGUGCCUUUCCUGAUCCUGGCCUGUAUCUGUCUUAUUGAUGGGGUAUGCUGUCUGGCUGUGCUGAAACCAUUCUCUAACAAAGAGAGAGAGAACAUGCCAGUUGGCACCCCCAUGUAUAAACUUAUGAUUGAUCCUUACAUAGCCGUAGUGGCUGGUGCUCUCAUCAUCUGUAACAUUCCUCUCGCCUUCCUUGAGCCAACUAUAGCCAACUGGAUGGAGGACACCAUGCAUGCCAGCCAGUGGGAGAUCGGCAUGACAUGGUUCCCUGCCUUCUUCCCUCAUGUCUUAGGUGUGUAUCUGACUGUCAAAUUAGCAGCCAAGUAUCCUCACUUGCAGUGGUUUUACGGAGCUAUAGGUAUGGUGUUCAUCGGCGCGAGCUCCUGCACAGUGCCAGCCUGUAAAAACUUUGGACAGCUCAUGAUCCCGCUGUGCGGAAUCUGUUUUGGAAUCGCCUUCGUGGACACCGCGCUCCUUCCCACACUAGGCUUCCUGGUGGAUGUGCGCCAUGUGUCCGUGUAUGGCAGCGUAUACGCCAUUGCGGACAUCUCUUACUGUGUGGCCUAUGCCCUGGGGCCCGUGGCUGCUGGACAGAUAGUGCACAACCUGGGCUUUGUGCAGCUAAACUUAGGCAUGGGCCUCGCCAAUGUACUUUACGCACCGGCGCUCCUGCUGCUGAAAAACGUGUCACAGAUGAAACCUUCAUUCUCCGAGCGUAAUAUGCUCCUGGAGGAUGGCCCAACAGGUCUGUAUGACACGAUUAAAAUGGAGCAACGAGAGAAAAAGAGGAAGGGUUUGUGUACAACGGUCGACGAGAAUGGUGCUGAAACGUUUGCACAGAGGUCGUAUUCAGAGGAGGAAUCCUCCGGAGGAGAGUAUGCGUAAAAUUACUUUAACUGAGUGUUAAACUAUCAAAGUGCCACUGUAGAGUUGUGUGCAUUCUGUCAGAUCCAAUCAGUUGCUUAAUACGGUUAGGAUUAUGUAACAGGCUAAAUUAUCCACUGCUUCUGGUGACAAUCCCUGCGGGUAUUGUCAAUUCAAGUAGCUUCAAGCUUCCGCAGUAGAAAGGCGCGCGCUGGAGUUUGUUCAUCUUAAAGUGAGAGUACUGUGAUUGAAGUUUUGUUGAGGUAAAUGUCAAGUCAUUAACGGUAAUUAGCACUGUAUCAAAAACUGACUCAUAUCGUAUUCAGGGAUCAUGUGUAAAUGUAUUUUAACAAAACGAGCUGUAAUGUAAACGCGUCUUUCAAUGUAGUAUGUAUUCAUUUUGCCAGAGUUGUGCUGCUAAACUCAAUAUGCAAUACUGACUGUGUGUUAAAGAGAGGAACAACAGAUCGACAUGAAGUAAAACCUGCAUCUUGUUGUCUGUUCAUUUUGUUUAUUUUGAAUCAUGUAUUUCUGGAAUGCAUAGCCUCAUAUUAUAAUCUAAGACUGUACAUAGAUGUAUAUUCAUGUACAUAAUUAAAUGAAUAUUAUGUGAAUGA